CGUUUAGGGCGUGGUCUCGGCUCCGGGCGCCUCAAGGAGACUUGGGGACGCCCGAACCACUCCUUUUGAGUGCCCGGGUGCCGCGGCCACCGCGUGGGUCUGCUGCGCUCCAUGAGGAAGAUGCUCGCCGCUGUGUCCCGCGUGUUGGCAGGCGCUGCGCAGAAGCCGGCAAGCAGAGUGCUAGUAGCUUCCCGUAAUUUUGCAAAUGAUGCUACAUUUGAGAUUAAGAAAUGUGACCUUCAUCGGCUAGAAGAGGGCCCUCCAGUCACCACAGUGCUCACCAGAGAGGAUGGCCUCAAGUACUACCGGAUGAUGCAGACUGUGCGGCGAAUGGAGCUCAAGGCAGAUCAGCUGUAUAAACAGAAGAUUAUUCGUGGUUUCUGUCACUUGUGUGACGGGCAGGAAGCCUGCUGUGUGGGCCUGGAGGCCGGCAUAAACCCCACCGACCACCUCAUCACAGCCUAUCGAGCGCAUGGCUUCACCUUCACUCGAGGCCUGUCUGUCCGAGCAAUUCUUGCAGAGCUAACAGGAAGAAGAGGAGGUUGUGCUAAAGGGAAAGGCGGAUCGAUGCACAUGUACGCCAAGAACUUCUAUGGGGGCAAUGGCAUCGUUGGAGCUCAGGUGCCCCUGGGAGCAGGGAUUGCUCUGGCCUGCAAGUAUAAUGGAAAAGAUGAGGUCUGUUUGACUUUAUAUGGUGAUGGUGCUGCUAAUCAGGGUCAAAUAUUUGAAGCUUACAAUAUGGCAGCAUUGUGGAAAUUACCUUGUAUUUUCAUCUGUGAAAAUAACCGCUAUGGCAUGGGGACGUCUGUCGAGAGAGCAGCGGCCAGCACAGAUUACUACAAAAGAGGAGAUUUUAUUCCUGGACUGAGGGUAGAUGGAAUGGAUAUCUUGUGUGUCCGAGAGGCAACAAAGUUUGCAGCUGCCUAUUGUAGGUCUGGUAAGGGGCCCAUCCUGAUGGAACUACAGACUUAUCGUUACCAUGGACAUAGUAUGAGUGACCCUGGAGUCAGUUACCGCACUCGAGAAGAAAUCCAGGAAGUAAGAAGUAAGAGCGACCCUAUUAUGCUUCUUAAGGAUAGGAUGGUGAACAGCAAUCUUGCGAGUGUUGAAGAAUUAAAGGAGAUUGAUGUGGAAGUGAGAAAAGAAAUCGAGGAUGCUGCCCAGUUUGCUACAGCUGAUCCAGAGCCACCCUUGGAGGAACUAGGCUAUCACAUCUACAGCAGUGAUCCUCCCUUUGAAGUGCGUGGUGCCAACCAGUGGAUCAAGUUCAAGUCAGUCAGUUAAUGGGAGACUGAAAUGGAUGGCUGCUCAUCGUCCACUGUAAGAACUCUGUGCUUUCAACUUUAAGGACAUGAAAUACCCAGACAAAAAGUCUUGAAAACAUGUAAAUUAAGGAAGAAUAAGUUGCAUGCAGUUUAUAUGUUGUUGUGUGCAGUGUAUCCAUGUGAAUAAGAGUGUAUUGGAUUUGUAUAGGAUUUGAAAUGAGUAAUGCAGAGUUUAUAACUUCCCCUCAUCAUAUCCUACACCAGUUACUAAAAGGAACAACUCUGCCAUUUUCUGUGGUGUGAGGCAUGCUGGGAUUAAUGCAAUGCACAGGUAGAGUAGCAGCCACCCUGCAUUGUGGAGGCUGACGUCUGUUGGCAAAGGCUCUAUAUAAUCAUGUAUUUUAAAAUAAAGCUACUUCAAAGGUAAAAUAAUUUAAUUUUCUCCAUUUAGACAUUUAACAAACAUGAACUUGUACUCCCAUUGCAAGGCACACUUUUUUCCUUUCACAUUUAAGUAUUAUGCUUUAUCUUUUCAGCAGUUGCUAUAAGGUGUGUUGACUUAUUAAAUGACAUAAUCCUAAGAAUUUAAUAUACUAGAUCAUGGUUGAUGUUACAUACAAUUCUGUUUAUAAACAAGGAUGGUCUAAAUUUAUACGUGCUUGGAUUAAAUGAGCAAGGGUCCUUCUGUGUAAAGGCAGGAUUUGUGUGUACAGGAACAGAAGCUUUGACCAUAAGUAGGCAGGAUAUUUGCGGAUUCGUCCAGCUUGGUUCAGUGUGAGGACUCCUGCGUUUGUCUUCUGUGCUGGGAGACUGCAUGCCAGAGCCUACAGAGGACACCACCGCUGCAAAACAGGAGUUUCCAUAAGAAAAGCAAACUUAGAAACAGCAACCUCCCAAGCAGGAGAAGCACUCAUUUGAUCUACAGGAUUACAUUUGCCAGCUACUCUUUCCAAUAUAAUCUCUAACUUAUUCAAGUGUGUUGUCUUUGUCUGGACCUGGUGCCAUAGGAGUGUUGGUGGCUCUGUGUAGGGUGUGGGCAUUUUAAACAAGAGUGAAAAGAUAAUUUCAUUAAGAUCGGAGGAAGCUACCAGCAUUUUGUUUUUGUAUUUCAUUUAAAAAUAUUCACUAAGACCUAUUAUUCAAACCAUUUGGAAGCUCUUACCGUAGUCUGAGGCACCUUAGGUCUUCCUUAGUAAUGUUGUUGAGAAUAUCAGAAAGUGUAUAAUCCUCUUCAACAAUCUGAAACAAUGAUUCAGUGUAUGAGAUAAGCAGCUUUUCAACAGUAUCAUAGGAAUACUUUGAUUUAGAAAUUUACCUUUUCUAUUGUACUGGCAUCCACUCCUUGUAGUUGCAACCAGUCUAUAAGUUCUCUGUCUGUCCCCAGUUCAUCCGGGGGUGCCGGAUUCUCCGUACCACCUAGAAUGAUUCCAGUUUUGUUUUAUUGUAUAGUAAUGUAUAACCAUAAACUGCUUCAAAACUAACAAAGUGGAUGUAAUGACAUAUCCAAAUAGAAUGUAAAUGUGAUGUGAAAAGGAAAUGAAUUAAACUUUUUUGAUUCAG